AUGCCAUUUACAAAAUUUGUGGUGCCAACCACUCGCAAGAUAUUCAUGCUUAAACUUACUACCAUAACAAUGGAGACUGGAGAUCCUAAGAAUUGCGGUCGAACGGGCAUCUCCAGUUUGAAAGGGGAUCCCAUCGCGGUUUGGCAAGGUGAGAAUUAUGGCCCCAUUAUGUUUGUGUUCGAGACGAUGUUCCCAAAUGGCGAUAGCUGGGUUUGGAAUAGGGCGACUGGAAGGGCCGUCUGGUAUACGCGAAGAUUCUUCGGAUUUUAUUUGUCCAGCAGGCAACCUUCUGCGUCAACUCUCGCGCCGAUUGGUUGGGGGGCAAAGCCGGCUGCCUCCCAUACCCAAAAAUUCGUCAUCACCCCGGAUCCGCUCGCGAGUUCUAGCCAUUCGACGAGGGGGCCUCACCUCGCGACUACAUCAUUGCCGUGUUUAUCAGCCUGGGCGAGGGCGAACAUAACUCCCAUCAAUGAAGGAAAAUAG